AGUAUCAUCGUCGAUUGCGUUUCAAGUGGUUCUCUCUCUCGUGACACAGUGCCUUUAGUUGAGUUGAGGACCAGCUAAAGUAAUGCGUCGGUUGUGCCUAGGCGGGUGAUACAAGCGACAAUGGAAGAUUAGAUUAUUACCAGCCAAUUGCUAAGCUGGUUUUGUUUCGCUUCCUAGCAGUUGAAAGUGCACUAGAAAUAAGGGUUCACAGCAUGCUAUGAUUGAGAUACCGGUCAUCGAACUGAUCCGACAAUUUAGUUCGCGUGUCCACCCGUCAAUCACUCCGCAAAUGAUUUUUCAGCAUAAUUAAGUGAUGGUUCCAUCGGUAGAAAGUGAAACAAAUGAAUGGUGUAUUGCAAACAGAAAAUCGUGCUAAAAUCAUCAGAUGCAAAAACUGUCGUUCAGUUAUGAAGGUGAUCUAGUGUAGCUUUAUCGGGAAUAAAUCGUUAAAUCAACAUCAAGUGCGAUCGCCGCACCAAAUAUCAACGCCAGUCUCUGACAGCAUUGAAAGAGUGCGCGCGGCAACAAGCGACACAGGUUCUUCAGUGUACGCGUGCUGCACAAGCAAGUGUUUGUGGCGAUCGGUAGCGUAGUGUAGAAACUUCCUAUUGUGCAUCAACAAUGGACAAGCCCAAAUCAGCUUUAAGCAUUGCGGAAGAAACACGGCUAUUUGGCGAGGUGCCGCAGGUGCCAGUCGCACUUUCCGGUACAGAAACACCGCUUACGGACAUUACUGAAGAAAAGACACCGGAGCGAAUGGUCAACACGAACGGAAAGCAUAAUGAUCAGAAUGAUAACAAAAGCUCCGGCAUAAGCAGCACCACCAGCAGUAUCAUGAAUAUGAAGCUGAACGUACAUAAAGUAGACGGUUCACCUCGAGAUGGUCAGGCUCUGGAUGAAACCAGUCAUGCACAGCAACUCGAUUCGAUGGCCACUGUUGUGAUCGAUAUUGAACACACGACCGAAGGAGAAUCCAUCGUGCCAAAUAAUUCCAACAUGAGUUUUUCAGACGUCGUGCAACAGCUUCGAACCACAUUCAACAGUGGCAAAACGAGAGAUGUUGAUUUCAGGUUGAAUCAACUAAAAGCUUUGCUGCGAUGCUAUGAAGAGAACACCACCGAGAUGGCGAAUGUGCUUGCGGCGGAUCUACGCAAGCACAAGCAAGAAGCCCAUCUGCUUGAGAUUGAAUUCAUACUGAACGAUCUCCGCAACACGCUGUUCAAUCUUCGCGAAUGGGUAAAACCGGAGAAGCCCGAAAAAGCCCUGGUCAAUGUGAUGGACGGCGUGUACAUCUACAAAGAUCCGUACGGCGUUGCGCUGGUGAUCGGUGCCUGGAACUAUCCGCUGCAGCUUACACUAGUACCGGUGGCUGCAGCCAUCGCUGCGGGAAACUGUGUCGUAAUUAAACCAAGCGAGGUUGCACCAGCUUCGGCUAAAUUUAUUGCCGAUGUACUGCCAAAAUACUUAUCACAGGAUUGCUACAGGGUGGUAACUGGUGGACCGAAGGAAACGACCGAGCUGCUGAAGGAAAAGUUCGACUACGUGUUCUAUACCGGUUCCGGACGCGUUGGUAAAAUCAUCCAUCAGGCUUGCAGCGAAAACCUAACUCCUUGUACGCUGGAGCUCGGUGGUAAAAGUCCGUGCUAUCUGGACGGUACGGCCAAUAUCGCAAUCGCCGCGCGGCGCAUCUUGUGGGGCAAGUUUAUAAAUGCUGGCCAAACCUGUAUCGCUCCCGACUACGUACUGUGCAGCAAGCAGGUACAGAAGCAGUUUAUUGAGGAGGCACGUAAAGUGCUGAAGGAAUGGUACGGUGCCAAUCCCAAGGACAGUCCCGAUCUAUGCCGCAUUAUCAACCAGAACCAUUUCCAGCGACUUACAUCCCUCCUCAAGGGCGCCAAUGUGGCUAUCGGAGGCGAAACCGAUCUACAAGAUCGCUACAUUUCGCCGACGAUUCUAAUCGACGUGAAGUCUACCGAUCCCGUAAUGCAGGAUGAAAUUUUUGGCCCUAUUCUACCGAUUCUAAAUGUGGAUAAUGCAUAUGAUGCGAUCAAAUUCAUCAAUUCAAGUGAAAAACCUCUCUGCUUGUACAUCUUCACCCAGAAUAAGACGGAUAUACGUACGAUGGUAGAAAACACCUCUAGUGGAGGAGUUUGUGUGAACGAUACUCUUAUGCAUUGUGCAGUUGAGGCAUUGCCAUUCGGUGGCGUUGGACCUAGUGGCAUGGGCUCGUAUCAUGGCAAGUACUCCUUUGAUACAUUCGUCCACAAGAAGUCUUGCUUGACGAAAGAUUUCAACCCAAUCGGCGAAAAGUUGGCUGCCUCUCGGUAUCCACCAUAUUCUGAGGGUAAGCUGUCCUUCCUGAGUACCUUGCUGAAGAAGCGUCAGGGAAUCAACUUGCAAUUUUUGCCAUAUCUGCUGAUGUUCGGUAUUGGCGUUGCCUCGACCCUCGUGGUGAGCACCCUUCUGAAGGAUGACGAAUAAUGCAGUCCAAAAAUUAAAAUUGUCGAGGAUAUAACCGCGCACGGUAAAAAUGUCACAGUACGAGUCAUGUUUGCAUGUUUUUUUUUUGUUUUUACAUAAUAUGUGAGGUUUUCCUCGCAAAUAAUACACAUUGUGAUGGGAUUGAUCCAGCACCUUUCGUUACAACCGGUGUGGAAGGUUGGGAGUGAAGUAGGACAGUGAGGAUACGAUACAUACGGCUCUUUUAUUUUUGUUUAACACACGGUGAUACAAAUGUUUUUCACCGUCUUUUGACGAUGGAAAAUCUAUUUCUUUUACACGAUAUAAGUUUUAAAAACCGGAACACGAAAACUAGACAAAUGUUCGUCAAUCAUGGAUUCGAACAGCACAGGAUGAAAUUGUUGGGUUCAAGCAAUAAAUGUUGAUAAGUGGGUAAUUCUUAAA